AAAAAAAAAAUAAAAAAUAAUUUUAAAUUUCUUUUCACUUUCUUUACAAAAUGUCAAAACAAAUUCAAAAAUUAUCAAUUUCGAUCCCUCAAAAUGUUGAGAUCGGUAAAUUAAUUGGUCGUGAAGGACGUAACCUAAAACCCAUUUCAGAAAAAACUGGUACCUAUAUUUAUAUUGAUACAAAAAUAAAUCCUGCACAAAUUAAAAUUUAUAUUAAUAAGAAAAAAGAAAAUCCUCCAUUUGAAAAUAAAAUUAAUGAUGCAAGAAAUCAAUUAAAUAAUUUGAUGAAAAAUAUUUGUCAAUAUAAAACUCAUUCUUUUAAACAUAAUGAACAAGUCAAGUAUAGAUCACCAGUUAAAGAAAAAGAGAAAACGGAAACUUCAUCGAUAACAGCAAAUAUAAUUAACGAAGAUUUACCAGAAAAAUUUUCACAAACCAUUUUUAAAGAGAGACGUAAUAAAGAUAUGAUUAAAAAAUUACCAAUUUCCGAUGAUCGAAUGUGUUGGUAUGGGGCUAAUUGUAAAAAAAAUUUUUGUAGAUUUAAACAUCCACAAUAUAUUAUAGAUCAUCACUUAAUAUUAAAAUAUAAGAAAGAAAUUGAAACAAAAAAACAUAAAAGAGAUUUUAAAAAGGAAUCUAGAAUUUUUUUACAUAAAUAUAGAAAUAGAGAAUUAUUAAAAAAAUUUUUAUAAAGGUAUGAUAAUUAUAAUAUAUAUUCACUUUUGG